AUGGGUCGCAGGAGGGCCCGCCUGUGGGCGCUUUUCCAGUGCUGCAUCCCCAAGGCAAAGGCCAAGACAAGGAAGAACUUGGCCUCGGCCCAAGUCCUGGAAGCAGAGCGGCCUGAGGUUGACCUUGUAAGUGGUUGUGCAGGGGCUGCGUGGAGGACGGGCGGGGGCCCCACAAGAAGGGAAACACUGUCUGGAGGAGUCACUGGGGCACGUGGAUUGAGCUAUAGAGAGUUGGCAACAUCUACAGAAGAAGUCAAUAUAUGCCGGGAACAGCUUCUUGCAAGAGAAGAAGAAAUAGCUCUGCUGAAAGCAGAGAGGAAUAACAUCAUGCUGCUGCUGGAGCACCUGGAGUUCCUGGUUUCCCGGUAUACACCGUCCCUCCAGACGACGGCGGGCAAGUGGCAGGCGCAGUCCCCAGCCGGCAUGACCAGCGAGCUAGAGGUGAUCAAGUCACUGAAAUCACUCUUUGAGCACCACAAGGCCCUGGACAAGAAGGUACCACCGCGUAUUAGGGUGACACUUGAAAGGUGUAGUUUGUUAGAAGAAUUAGGUGCCACACAUAACAAACUGAUGAUUCUUAAAGAGAAGAAUAACCUGAAAAAGAUACUAAUGGAUGGGGUGCUUGAUGUAAAUCACAAGCAAGAAAACAUGCCAAGCGCCAAUGGAAAGAGAACCCGCGACGAAGACCUGGCUCCGGUGAUCGAGCUCAAGGAAAUCAUCAAGAAGAAGUCACGGGAGCAGAGAGAGAUGAAGGACCGCCUGGCAGCCCUCUCUGCCCACGUAACAGAGCUGGAGAAGGACCUGGACACGGCCAGGAAGGACCUCCUCAAGUCCAAGGAAGUAAACGUGAAACUACAGCAGGACGUCCGUGAAGCUAUGGCCCAAAAGGAGGACAUGGAGAAGAGAAUCACUACACUUGAGAAACGCUACCUCGCUGCACAGCGCAAAGCCAUCUCUGUGCACAACCUCGAUGAUAAACUUGAAAAUGAAAUCGCAAAUAAGGAUUCUAUGCAUCGACAGAAGGAGGAUAAAGACCGACAGCUGCAGCUGUGCCUGGAGCUGGCAGAGCAGAAGCUGCAGCAGAUGCUGACAGAAGUGGUGGCUGAGCUGGCUCAGCGGGGAGCUGCACUCUCCAAGGCGGGAGAGAGACACAGCAGCAUGGAGGAGAGGGGCGUGUGGGCCGGAGGCGCGGCUGGGCGGGCCGGCGCUGCCUUUCUCCGCCGCUCCUGUCUCUGCCGUCCAGUGCAGCUCCUGAAAGAUCAAGACCGGGAGCGCGGGCAGCCAGCCAGCGUGCUGGCCAACGUGGGCCAGGUGUUCAAGAGUGACGAGGGCGUGUCAGACGGCGAGGGCGAUGGGGUCACCCUCUUCAGCUCGCCUGCUCUGCUGUCGCCCAGCCGCCAGGCCGAUGCCGAGACUCUGGCCAUGAGGAUUCAGGAGCAGCUGGACAAGAUCAACGAAGAAAUCUGGUUGAAACAAAAAGACAAGGAGAACACGGAUCAGCGGGCGGAGGGAAUUGAGAGCAGGGUGGGCAGUGGGAGCUUCAGCAACCUUCGGCGCUUUCAAUCCUCGGACUCCCUCAACCUGGAUUUCCCCUCCUCGCAUGCCGACUCCUUCCCGCCCAGCAGAGGGCGCUCCAUGCCCGAAAGGAGGCAGCCCAGCCCUGAGCGAGAAGAAGACAAGCUGGGCUUCAUGACUCUGCCUAGUGAUUUAAGGAAGCAUUGUCGAAAGCUGCCAGCCAUACAGGAAGAGGUAGAAGAUGACACCAUCAAAUGUGAAACCUCGACCUCCGCCUCGCUGCGGUCCUUUCGGCUGGACCGGAUCACGGGCUCACUGCGCACAGCCAACGACGAGGACAUCAGGGACGCCGGCAACACGACAGGCUCUCAGGAUGGUCCCGGGGGCAACCCCAGCAGCAGCAACAGCAGCCAGGACUCGCUGCAGAAAGCCCCAAAGAAGAAGGGCAUCAAGUCCUCCAUCGGUCGUUGGUUUGGCAAGAAGGGAAAGGGCCGGCCUGGACACACCAGCAAGGAGGCGUUAGGACCAGCUCUGGGUCGGGAUCCCGGCCUGAUCCAGCGUGAGAUCGGCAUCAGCAACCCGCUGCACCGGCUGAAGCUGCAGCUGGCGAUCCAGGAGAGCAUGUCCCUGACCGGCCGCUCCGCCCGGUCCAGAACGACCCUGGCCUCUCAGGGUUUUAAGAGUCCGAACAUCCGCCAGAUCACACCAAGUCGUAUCGUGCUCAUCCAAGUUUCCUCCAUGUGGCAAGGCCUUGAAAGUCCUACAGUCAGCACCAGGCAGAGCACUGCAGGAAGCAGGGAUGACACUCUGGUCGUGGGGCGCCCCUCUCUCAAGCAGGUGCUGGCCUACGAGUGUGACAAGCCCUGUCAUUCCGGGCUGAGUCCGAUCUGGGCACAAGGGGGACGGGGCAGAAUUACAGAGGAAGCCGACCCCAGCUGA